AAAAAAGAAAUCAAUUUCAACGCGAACCGUACGGUACGAACCUGCGCGAGCUAAGGUAUCGAUAUCGCUUAAGCUCAGUAACCACUACGGUAGGACUAAUCAAUUUCUCUCCUUCUACUUGGUUCCUUGUCGUCUCUCUGCACACAGAUGGCGACUGGGAGAUCCGCAAGUAUGCCGUCACGGUUGCGGCAGCUUCUUUCCGGCGAAGGCUCCAUCGGCCCCUCUAUUAGGCUCGACGCUGAGCCUCCUCCGGAGAUCAAAUCGUUUAUUGAGAAAGUAAUCCAGAGUCCACUCUCUGAUAUUGCGAUACCUCUCUCUGGCUUUCGCUGGGAGUACAGUAAGGGCAACUUCCAUCACUGGAGACCUCUUUUUCUCCAUUUUGACAAGUACUUCAAGACCUUUUUAUCAACUAGGAAUGACCUUCUCCUCUCUGAUCACAUUUUGGAAGAUGAGGAUCCCUUUCCCAAGUACUCUCUUCUUCAAAUUCUUCGUGUGAUGCAGAUCAUUCUCGAAAAUUGUCCCAACAAAAGUACCUUUGAUGGUUUAGAGCACUUUAAGCUCCUACUUGCCUCCACAGAUCCAGAGGUUCUCAUUGCAGCCCUGGAAACCCUUUCUGCGCUUGUGAAAAUCAGCUCAUCUAAGCUCCACAGGAGCGGAAAGUUGAUUGGAUGUGGUUCCGUAAACAGCUUCCUUCUCUCUAUUGCCCAGGGCUGGGGUAGCAAAGAGGAGGGUCUGGGUUUGUAUUCCUGCGUUGUCGCUAACGAGAGAAACCAGGAAGAAGGUCUCACCAUCUUUCCUUCCGACUUGGAUAAUAAUCACAAGGAAGCUGAUUUUCGGAUUGGUUCUACUGUUUAUUUUGAGUUGCGUGGACACAGUGCCCAGAGUAUACAUCAUGGUACUAGUAGUGCUAGUUCUUCUUCUUCAAGGGUGAUUCAGAUUCCUGAUUUGCACUUGCGGAAAGAGGAUGAUCUUGUGUUAUUGAAGGAGUGUAUAGAGCAUUACAAUGUUCCCCCGGACCUCAGGUUCUCUCUACUGACCCGUGUCCGGUAUGCUCAUGCUUUUCGUUCUUCCAGAAUAUGCCGGAGUUAUAGCAGGAUCUGCCUACUUGCGUUUAUUGUACUUGUUCAGUCCAGUGAUGCUCAAGAAGAACUUGCAUCCUUUUUUGCAAACGAACCUGAGUAUACAAAUGAAUUAAUAAGAAUUGUCAGAUCUGAAGAACCAAUCCCCGGAACCAUUAGAACUCUUGCCAUGCUUGCAUUGGGCGCUCAGUUGGCUGUAUACUCCGCCUCUCAUGAUCGUGCCAGGAUUCUAAGCAGAUCUAGCAUCAGUUUCGCCGUAGGCAACAGAAUGAUUCUGCUUAAUGUGCUUCAGAAAGCCGUUCUGUCUUUGAAGAUUUCUAGUGAUCCAUCAUCUAUUGCUUUUGUUGAGGCGCUACUUCAGUUUUAUUUGCUUCACAUUGUUUCAUCAUCGUCAUCUGGAAGCACUAUAAGGGGCUCUGGCAUGGUUCCCACAUUUCUCCCUCUCUUGGAGUAUACUGAUCCGAGUCACCUGCAUCUUGUGUAUUUGGCUGUUAAAGCACUACAGAAGCUCAUGGAUUAUAGCAGUUCUGCAGUUCCUCUACUCCGGGAUCUUGGGGGAGUAGAACUUUUGUCUCAGAGGUUAGAGUUAGAGGUUCAUCACAUUCUUAAGUUGACUGGAGAGAACAACAGUGAUAUGGUGGUUGGUGAAUCGUUAGAUAUAAAUGGUGAUCAGUUGCUCUCCCGAAAGAGACUCAUCAAGGUUCUUUUGAAGUCUCUUGGUUCUUCUACGUAUACUCCUGGAAAUGCGAAUAGGUCUCAAAGCUCUCAGGAGAGUACCUUGCCUGCCACUUUGUCUUUGAUAUACAGGAAUGCAGAUAAAUUUGGUGGCGAUAUCUAUUACUCAGCUGUGACGGUUAUGAGUGAUUUAAUCCACAAAGACCCCACAUCUCUUACUUCCCUGUUUGAAAUGGGCCUCCCUGAAGCAUUUCUGUCUUCAGUUGUAUCAGGAGUACUUCCUUCUUCCAAGGCUAUUGCAUGCAUUCCAAAUGGCCUCGGUGCAAUAUCUCUUAAUAGCAAAGGUUUGGAGACUGUAAAAGAAACUUCGGCACUGCGCUUCCUUGUUGAUGUAUUUACUUCCAAGAAGUAUGUUCUAGCUAUGAAUGAGGCCAUCGUUCCGUUUACAAAUGCCGUGGAAGAGCUUUUGCGUCAUGUCUCAUCUCUAAGAGCCACUGGUGUUGAAAUAAUCAUUGAAAUUGUGGAUAGAAUUGCAUGCUUUGGAGAGAGUGGUUCUUCAUCAUCCUCUGUAAGUACUGCAAUGGAAAUGGAUUCAGAUGUGAAGAACAUAAAUGGCGUCAGCCAUGAGCAGUUUGUUCAACUCUGCAUCUUUCAUCUGAUAAUUCUGCUCCACAGAACAAUGGAGAAUGCUGAGACUUCUCGUCUCUUUGUGGAGAAGUCUGGCAUUGUGGCGUUACUUAAGCUUCUCUUGCGACCUGGCAUUGCUCAGUCUUCUGAAGGGGUGUCUAUUGCCUUGCACAGCACCAUCGUUUUUAAGAGUUUUACGCAGCAUCACUCUGCUUCUCUUGCUCGGGCCUUUUGCUCUUCUCUUCGUGAUCAGGUGAAGAAAGCUUUAGGAGGACUGCAAGAUCUCUCGGGGACAUUCUUACUUGAUCGAAAACUUUCUCCAAGCUGUGGAAUUUUUUCUUCUCUUUUCCUUGUGGAGUUUCUUCUGUUUCUAGCUGCAUCAAAGGAUAACCGUUGGAUGACUGCAUUGCUUUCGGAGUUUGCAAAUGGAAGCAAGGAUGUUCUGGAGAAUAUAGGCCAGUUGCACCGUGAAAUUCUAUGGCAUAUAGCAGUUUACGAGAGUGGAACGCUGGAAAGUCCAAAUACUUCUCCCGAGUCAGAGCAAACAGAGCUGUCUUCAAAUGGAACGGAAGGACAAAGGUUCAGUUCUUUUAGACAGUUUCUGGAUCCAUUAUUUCAGAGGAGAACGUCAGGAUGGAGCGCAGAAUCGCAAUUCUUUGAUUUAACAAAUCUUUACCGUGAUCUUGGACGUGCAUCGACUGGAUUUCAACCCCGACCAAUCAGUGAUGGUCCCUCUAGUUCAUCAGACGCUUCUGGUAACAGAGAGCUUGAAAGAGAUGGAUCCUAUUAUACAUCAUGCUGUGACAUGGUGAAGUCAUUGUCCUUCCACAUCACAUACAUAUUCCAAGAGUUAGGGAAGGCAAUGCUGCUCCAAUCUCGUCGGAGAGAAGAUACAGUAAAUGUAUCUCCGUCAUCUAAGUUAGUUGCCUCAAGUUUUGCUUCAAUAUCCCUGGAUCACUUGAAUUUUGAAGGCCAUGAGAUUGCAGCUGAGGCAUCAAGGUCAACUAAAUGUCUCUACCUUGGCAAGGUUGUUGACUUCAUCGAUGCUGUCCUUCUUGACAGGCCUGAUUCGUGUAAUCCUGUUCUGAUAAAUUGCUUUUAUGGCCGGGGGGUGAUUCAGACGGUUUUGACAACAUUUGAUGCUACUAGCCAGCUUUUAUUUUCAAUUAAUAGGAGCUACUCAUCUCCGAUGGAGACUGAUGAUGUUAAAGGAAAGCAGGAUGAAAAGGAAGAUACAGAUCAUGCCUGGAUAUAUGGUCCGCUGGCUAGCUACGGGAAGCUCAUGGACCAUUUGGCUACGUCAUCGUUUAUCUUAUCUCCAUCCACAAAACACUUGCUCGUUCAACCAGUAGAAAAUGGGAAUAUUCCAUUUCCACAAGAUGCUGAGACAUUUGUGAAGAUCCUGCAGUCCAUUGUGUUGAAAGCUGUACUUCCGGUUUGGACUCAUCCACUAUUUACGGAAUGUAGUUAUGAUUUCGUCACUGCCCUCAUUUCCAUCAUCAAGCAUGUGUAUUCUGGAGUUGAACUGAAAAGCUUAGCUGGCAGUAGUAGCGCUCGUGUAACAGGUCCACCUCCCAGUGAAACAACCAUUUCAACAAUUGUGGAGAUGGGGUUCUCCAGAUCCAGAGCCGAAGAAGCUUUGAGACAGGUUGGAUCGAACAGUGUUGAGUUAGCCAUGGAAUGGCUGUUUUCCCACCCAGAAGAAAUCCAAGAGGACGAUGAGCUUGCUCGUGCUCUUGCAAUGUCCCUUGGAAAUUCUGAAUCAGAUACAAAGGAGAAUGUUGUAGAUGAAACUCGAGAACAGAUUGAAGCAGAAAUAGUCUCGCUGCCACCAGUUGAAGAGCUUAUAACAACAUGUACGAAGCUUCUGCAGAUGAAAGAGCCCCUUGCUUUUCCUGUUAGAGACUUGCUUGUAUUGAUUUGCUCAGAAAACAAUGGGGAACACCGAUCUGGUGGUAUAUGUUGCCUUCUUAGCCGGAUUAAGGAUUGUUGUCCUGUCUUCGAUGACACAAAGAACAAUCUGCUCUCUGCUCUGUUGCAUGUUCUUGCUUUGAUUCUACACGAAGACGCAGGUUCCCGCGAAGUUGCGCUGAAGGCGGGUACUGUAAGACUUGUGUGCGAUGUACUCUCAAAGUGGGAUUCUGGUAGUAUUGAUAAGGAAAAGUUUAAUGUUCCAAAGUGGGUGACGACAGGGUUUCUUGCCAUUGAUAGGCUGCUACAAGUGGACCAGAAAUUAAAUACUGAGCUUAUAGAGGAGUUGCAAAAAGGUGAGACAUCUCUGGCCAUUGAUGAGAGCAAACAAGACAAGCUGCAAUCUGUUUUUGGCUCUCCACAGCUUGUUGAUGCUGACGAUCAGAAGAAGUUGAUUGAGAUUGCUUGUACAUGUAUCCGGAAUCAGCUUCCUUCUGAAACUAUGCAUGCUGUUUUACAACUGUGUUCUACAUUGACAAGGAAGCAUUCUGUUGCUGUCUGCUUUCUUGAUUUUGGAGGUGUGCAAGGACUGCUUUCUCUGCCGAGUAAUAGUCUUUUUCCAGGGUUUGACUCAGUUGCUGCUAGUAUCAUCCGUCAUGUUCUUGAAGAUCCCCAAACGCUUCAGCAAGUCAUGGAAUCUGAGAUAAAACAUGCACUUGCAACACUUUCCAACAGGCACUCAAAUCAGAGAAUCUCUCCACGCAAUUUUUUGUUGCAUGUGAAUUCUGUAAUUGCUCGGGAUCCAGUCACUUUUAUCCAGGCCGCUCGUUCUAUAUGCCAAGUAGAGAUGGUUGGUGAAAGACCUUACAUCGUGUUAGUCAAAGAAAAAGAGAAAUCAAAAGACAAAGAGAAGGAUAAGGAUAAGGACAGAGCUGACAAAGAGAAAUCUCAGACUUCUAAUGAAGUUGCAACUACCACUCCCCCUGGGAGCACCAAGGCUAAAGUUUACCGGAAACCUCCUCAGUCGUUCAUUGGUGUUGUUGAGCUGCUUCUGGAUUCUCUCUGUAAUUUCGUUCCUCCUCCAAAAGAUGACAUGGUUGAAGGUGAUUCUACUUCAGCAGACAUGGAUAUUGAUCAUGCCUCUACUAAGGGAAAAGGCAAAGCGGUUGCUACUACACCUGCAGAAAAGAAAGCUAUUUCACAGGGCAUGUCAGCUUCAUUGGCUAAAAUUGUUUUCAUUCUGAAGCUUUUGAGUGAGAUGCUGUUAAUGUAUUCUUCGUCAAUCCAUAUAAUACUUCGAAGAGAUGCUGAAAUUAAAAGUCUUAGAGGUCCUCAACAGAAGGGUGGUCAAGUUGGUGGAAUAUUUCAUCAUAUUCUUCGAAAAUUUAUUCCAUACUCACGGGUGAUGAAGGAAAAGAAAUCUGAGAGUGAUUGGCGGCAAAAGCUGACAAGUAGGGCUAAUCAGUUUUUAGUGGGUGCAUCUGUUAGAUCAGCUGAAGCAAGGAAGAGGAUAUUUUCUGACAUUAGCAGUAUCUUCAAUGACUUCAUAGGUACCUCCAAUGGGCUUAGACCUCCAGUUAAUGAAAUACACGUUUUGAUAGUUUUGUUGAAUGAUAUGCUCUCUGCUCGGUCACCUACUGGAUCACAUAUAUCUUCAGAAGCUUCGAAUACUUUUGUUGAUGUUGGAUUGGUUAAGUCUCUUACUCGUACUCUUGAAGUGUUGGACUUGGACAACGUAGAAUCUACCAAAACUGUAACAGGAAUCAUAAAAGUUUUGGAGUUGGUGACUAAGGAGCAUGCCUAUUCUGCUGAUUCAAGCUCGAAGAAUGAAACUGCGAACAACUCAUCUGAUCAAAUUCAAUCAGGAAGAGGAGAUACUACUGCUGAUGCUUCUGAAGCAGGGGAAAUUAUGCUGCGAUCGAAUCAUGAUUCCAUGACAGCUGAUCAUGCGGAGAAUUUUGGCGGUUCAGAAGAUGUGACAGAUGACAUGGAGCAUGAUCAAGACUUGGAUGAAGGAUUUGCCGCAGGUGUGGAUGAUUAUAUGCAAGAAGAGCCUGAGGAUGCUAGGGGGUUGGAAAACGGGAUUGGGUCGAUGGGUAUAGAGUUUGAGAUGCAUACCCACGUGCCGGAAAAUCUUGAUGAAGAGGAUGAAGAGGACGAAGAUGAUGAAGAUCGGGUAAUUCUUAGGUUUGAGGAUGGAAUCAAUGGGCUAAACGUUCUUGAUCAUUUGGAGGUUCUUAGAGAUCAUAGAUUUUCUGAUGAAACACUUCAUGUAAUGCCUGUUGAAGUUUUUGGCUCGGGACGUCAAGGACGAACAACUUCUAUUUACAGCCUUCUUGGCAGAACUGGGGAUGGUGCUACUCCAUCACAGCAUCCUCUUUUAUCGGGAUCUCCAUCACUUCAAGGGUCGCAAAGUCAAACAGAAAGCACACAUGAUCAUACUGUUGGAGGUAGGGAUUCCAACGGUAGUUCUUCCUCACGGCUGGAUGCUAUAUUCCGAUCUUUGAGGAAUGGCCGGCAGGGGCAUCGUUUGAAUUUAUGGGCUGAUGACAGCCAGCAAAUUGUUGGAUCUGGCGCUUCUACCGUACCACAAGGCCUUGAAGAUUUGCUGGUAUCUCAGUUGAGACGUCCCGGCUCUGAUAAUCCUUCUGAUCAGAAUCCAUCACCUUUGGAACCCCAGUCACAGGCCGAGAGUGGGCAGCCCCAGGAGGCAACUGUCAGACCUGAAAUUCCAGAUGAAAACGCCACUGGUAAUGGAGGUGCCAAUGUGUCUGCUCCCUCUAUCGUUUCGCCAGUUGCAUCUGCUCCCCCGGAUACACGAGCCACUGCUACUGAUUCUGUCUCAAGCUCGCGGUCUCAGUCAGUCGAAAUGCAAUAUGAUCUAAAUGAUUCAACUGUUCGGGAUGUUGAAGCGGUGAGUCAAGAAAGCGGUGGGAGUGGGGCAACCUUGGGUGAAAGCCUUAGGAGUUUGGAUGUUGAGAUCGGAAGUGCUGAUGGACAUGAUGAUGGUGCAGAAAGGCAUGAUGUACAGCCAGCUAUGCGCUCAAGAAGAGCAAAUUUGUCAGUUGUGCCAUCUUCAACUGGGCGAGAAGCUUCUCUUUAUAGUGUAACUGAGGUUCCUGAGAACUCCGGUCACGAGGCUGAGCAGGAUAAUCCACCAGAGGAGCAACCAGUUAACAGGGAUGUUGCUUCUAGUUCUAUUGAUCCUGCGUUUUUAGAUGCCCUACCUGAGGGACUGCGAGCUGAAGUCCUUUCAGCUCAGCAAGGACAAGCGCCAGAACCUUCCAGCAAUGAACAGCAGAAUUCUGGAGAUAUUGAUCCGGAGUUUCUUGCUGCACUUCCUGCUGAUAUCCGAGCUGAAGUUCUGGCACAGCAACAAGCACAACGGGUUCAUCAGUCUCAUGAGCUUGAAGGUCAGCCUGUUGAGAUGGACACCGUUUCAAUAAUUGCAACGUUUCCUUCGGAGUUGCGAGAAGAGGUGUUGCUGACGUCAGAUGAUGCCGUUCUUGCAAAUUUAACACCUGCACUGGUUGCGGAAGCAAACAUGCUGCGUGAAAGGUUUGCUCAUCGAUACCAUAACCGUGCACUUUUUGGUAUGCAUCCAAGACAUCGUAGAGGGGAGGCAUCCAGGCGAGGUGAAGGUGUCAUAUCUGGAAAUGAGGGGAUUGCUUCUCGUAGGUCUGCUGCAAAGGUUAUAGAGGCCGCUGGAGCUCCCCUAGUUAACACUGAGGCACUCCAAGCAAUGAUUCGUAUUCUUCGGAUAGUUCAGCCUCUUUACAAGGGUCCUCUGCAGAGGCUUUUGCUGAAUUUAUGUUCUCAUGGCGAAACAAGGUUUUCCUUGGUUAAUACAUUCAUGGAUAUGCUGAUGCUCGACGCAAGGAAGCCUGUUAACUACUCGAGUGUUUCCGAACCACCUUAUCGUCUUUAUGCUUGUCAAAGCAAUGUAACAUAUUCACGUCCUCAGCACUUUGAUGGGGUUCCUCCUCUAGUGUCUCGGCGUGUCCUUGAGACUUUGACAUAUUUGGCACGAAAUCAUAUAUACGUAGCAAAGAUUCUGCUUCUAUCCAGGCUUUCCCUGCCUUCCCUUCAAGGUUCAGUACCCUCAGACAAGGCACGUGGAAAAGCUGUUGUAGUAAGUGAUGAUCACAUGAGCAGAACGCAACAGGAACCCGAAUCUGUAGCCUUUGCGUUGCUUCUAAGCCUCCUGAAUCAGCCCCUUUAUUUGAGAAGUGUGGCUCAUCUUGAGCAGCUGCUGAACUUACUGGAGGUCAUCAUUGACAACGCUGAACGAAAGUCUGAGUCAGCUGACGGAUCAGAUGGGUCUGCCAGCGAGCAGCAAUCAACGCAUCAAGCAUUAGAAGUUGAAAACAAUGCAGAAAACCACGAUAUGGUAUCUGGCACUGCUGGUACAGUGACCAAGCCAAUUGUCUCAUCUGGAAGUUCGUCCAACAGAGCAGAGAGUGAAUGUGAUGUUCAUACUGUGUUGCUUAAUCUUCCCCAGUCAGAGCUGUGUCUGCUUUGUUCAUUACUUGCACGUGAAGGUUUGUCAGAUAAUGCAUACACCCUUGUAGCGGAGGUGCUGAAAAAACUUGUGGCCAUUGCUCCAAGCCAUUGUCAUUUGUUUAUCACAGAGCUUGCAAACGCAAUACAGAACCUGACAAGAUCAGCGAUCAGUGAACUUCACAUGUUCGGUGAAGCCGUAAAAACGCUUCUAAGUACCACGUCAUCAGAUGGAUCAGGAGUACUGAGGGUUUUGCAGGCAUUAAGCUCCCUCGUUGAUUCGUUGUUAAUCACAAAAGAGAAGAAUUCCGAAGAGCAUGUUGCUGUGUUUUGUCAGCUAUCGAACAUCAAUUUAGCUUUGGAACCUCUGUGGCUGGAGUUGAGCAAUUGCAUAUGCAAAAUAGAGGGGCAUUCUGAUUCUGCUUCUGCUUCUACGACGUCUCCAACAACCUCGACGAGUUCAGCAACAACAAGGGGAGCUGGAGUAAGCCAAUCACUUCCUGCUGGUGCCCAAAACAUGUUGCCUUAUGUAGAGUCGUUUUUUGUUACCUGUGAGAAAUUGCAUCCAUCAUCACAGUCUUGUGAUAUCUCGGUUCCCAUGGCGGCUUCUGAUGUUGAGGAGCAGCCCAAGGGUCCAGGACCAAGCAGCAGCUCCAAGGUGGAUGAGAAAUACGGUUCUUUUAUAAAGUUUUCUGAAAGGCACAGGAAACUUCUUAAUGCUUUCAUCCGACAAAAUCCUGCUCUGCUUGAGAAGUCCUUUUCGCUAAUGCUCAAGGUUCCACGUUUUAUUGAAUUUGAUAACAAACGUGCAUACUUCAGAUCAAAGAUAAAACACCAGCAUGACCAUCACCAUAGCCCUUUGAGAAUCUCAGUGAGAAGAGCCUACAUUCUUGAAGAUUCAUACAACCAAUUGCGAAUGAGGUCAACUCAAGAACUGAAAGGUAGAUUGACUGUUCACUUCCAAGGAGAAGAAGGUAUUGAUGCUGGUGGGCUUACCAGGGAAUGGUAUCAGCUGUUGUCAAGGGUUAUUUUUGACAAAGGAGCUCUUCUGUUCACAACCGUUGGCAAUGACUCGACUUUCCAACCGAAUCCAAACUCUGUUUACCAGACAGAGCACCUCUCCUACUUCAAAUUCGUUGGCCGGGUGGUUGGAAAAGCUCUGUUUGAUGGUCAACUACUUGACGUCCAUUUCACUCGCUCUUUUUACAAGCAUAUCUUGGGAGUUAAGGUCACGUACCAUGAUAUUGAAGCUAUAGAUCCCGAUUACUAUAAAGCCCUGAAAUGGAUGCUGGAGAAUGAUAUUAGCGAUGUCCUAGAUCUCACUUUUAGCGUUGAUGCUGAUGAGGAAAAGCUAAUACUGUAUGAAAAAACGGAGGUGACUGACCAUGAACUGAUCCCUGGAGGGCGGAACAUUAAAGUCACUGAGGAGAAUAAGCAUGAAUAUGUAGACCUAAUAGCCGAGCAUCGAUUAACCACAGCCAUUCGUCCUCAGAUAAAUGCAUUCCUGGAAGGGUUUAGUGAACUUAUCCUUAAAGAUCUAAUAUCGAUUUUUAACGACAAGGAACUGGAGUUAUUAAUAAGUGGUCUUCCUGAUAUCGACUUGGAUAACCUGAGGGCGAAUACUGAAUGGUCUGGGUAUAGUCCUGGAUCCCCUGUUAUCCAGUGGUUCUGGGAGGUUGUUCAGGGAUUGAGCAAAGAAGACAAAGCCCGUCUAUUGCAGUUUGUGACUGGAACCUCCAAGGUACCUCUGGAAGGAUUUAGUUCCCUUCAAGGAAUUUCAGGGGCACAGAAGUUUCAGAUCCACAAGGCAUAUGGAAGCGCUGAUCACUUGCCGUCUGCUCAUACCUGUUUCAAUCAGUUAGAUCUGCCAGAGUACCCGUCUAAGGAGCAUCUGCAGGAGAGGCUGCUGCUUGCAAUCCAUGAAGCAAGCGAAGGAUUCGGAUUUGGUUAAAACAAAAACCAGCUUCCUUUUUUCUUACUAUUUUCAUUCUAUACAUAUGCCUUUUGGGUAAAACGAAUGAUUUUCUGUAAUUCUCACUCUCUACUCUAACGUCCGUUUAAAAGAGUAUGUUCAAUAGUUAUUUUUAUCCCUUA